AUGGCAACACUUAUAGAUAAUAGAUAUGGAAAGGCAAAGGUUAGAGUGUUGAAGGUUAAUAAGAAUAAGGACUUUCAUUCUGUUCUUGACCUUGACUGUUGUGUAUUGCUUCAGGGUCAGUUUGAAGAAACCUAUCUAACAGGUAAUAAUGAAAAGGUUGUGGCCACAGACUCGAUGAAGAACACCGUCUACUUAUUGGCACAGCGUGAGCAUUUCAAAUCGCCAGAGGAGCUUGGAAUCAUCCUGGGCAAGCAUUUCCUCAACACCUACUCACAUGUAUCCCACGUGCAUGUGACCAUUCGCGAGAACGUUUGGGAGCGCAUGAAGUCCACCUACGAGAAGAAGGAGCACGAUCACUCCUUUGUGCGCGCCAGAGAGGUGCACACCGCCUCGGUCACGUCGAUGCGCGGCAGACCGCCCCAGGUUAAGUCCGGCAUCCAGGACCUGCUCAUCAUGAAGACCACUGGCAGUGGAUUCGAGAACUUCUUGCGCGACAAAUACACCACUCUGCCCGAGACCAAGGACCGUGUGUUCGCCACGGCCGUAACUGCCGAGUGGACCUACAAUACCACCGAGAAUGUCAACUAUCCCAAUGUCUACCAAGAGUUCAAAGGUGCCGUCUUUGAUAUAUUCUCACUCCAAUACUCCAAAUCAGUUCAAGAAACAUUGUACAUCAUUGGAAAGACUGCCAUCGAUAGAGUUAAGGAGAUUGAUGAAAUCAACUUGUCACUUCCAAACAAACAUGCUUUUGGCUUCGACUUUAACAAGCUUGGCACUAAGAAUGAGAACACGGUAUUCCAGCCUGUGGAGGAGCCAUCAGGAUUGAUUGAGGGCACUGUCAAGAGAUUGAAUGCAAAGUACUAA